AUGAAAUUAAAGUAUAGCCACAUUAUCUAUUUGUCCUUUCUAGUAUCAAUUUCAAUCUUAUUUUAUGAGUUUUUUUCAAUCACUUAUUUCCAUAAACAUUUAAUUGAUAAAACUAAAGGAUUGAAAAAUAAUUCAGCUACAAAAAAAUUAGCAAAUAAAGACAAAGAAUAUAUUCCUUCUCAGAGAAAAGCAACCAAAUCAAGAGCUCGAAAAGUAAAAGGUGAAAUAUUUUCAAUGAUAGGAUUAGGAAUAUUAGCUUAUGUCUUUUUUAAUGUAAGAAUAAGAUCCAAAUUGAUGCAUCUGUGUGACAGACGUUUAACAAUUAUUCCAACAGAUAGUGAUGUUGUUGAAAGAAAAGAACUUAAUUUUGUCUGCUUGUUUAUCACACUUUCAUUGGCGAUAAUUUAUAAAAACAACUUAUUUUCCAUUUUUGGAAUAGAAGUAUCAGGACCACUCUUUAACAUAACCUGUUAUAUUUUUCUAUUCUCGAUACUUCUUCCUUUUAUAAUUAUACUAAUCUAUAAUUUAAUGACAAUUUUUAGAGUAAAUAUAAUCUUUGCAUUUUACCUGGCAUUCAUUAUAAAAGGUUGUUGUGAAUUCUUCAUACAAGAAGAUAUUGAUCUUAGUGAAUUUAAAAAAGUUAACAUUAAAGAAUUUUCACCCAAAGUUGUAGACUUUUUGAAAAGCAGGGGAUUAGAAAAUAGUGUUUAUAAAGAGAAAAAACCAUCAGAUUCAAUAAAUGCAGCUCUAGUAGGCUGGGGAGAAUAUGAACACAUAGAAAUAUAUGGUGAUCAUAAUGAUUUUACUAAUAAGGAAUUUGAAUCAGUUUUGAUGCAUGAAAUAGGUCAUUCUAAAGACUAUUCCUUAUUUAAAAAAGCAAUUGUUCUAUUGCUAAUGAAAUUAGCUGAAUUGGCUACUGUGACUUUUAUAUUUUUAAAACUGCCACGUGGUUAUAAAGACGAGCACAUGUCUGACAUUGGUUGUUUCUUGAUUUUACUAAAACUUUACAGCGCAUUGAUUAACAGAUAUUACUCUGUAUUUCAUAAACUUUCUAGCCAGAAUGCUGAAAUAAAUGCAGAUUUGAUUGCUAAGAGACAAGGAUUUGGAAUAGAAUUAGGCAAAGUUUUAUUUUCAAUAACAAUACACUCAAAUGAAUUAUUGAAGUCAACCUGGCUAUACAAUGCUUUUAGUAGCUACCACCCAACUAUAUAUUCAAGAGUUGAGUAUCUAUCUUCAUAA